ACUAAUAUCCUACAAUCUAGCAUUAAAAAUUACAGUUACACAGAAAAUAAGGAUUUUCUACAAAACGUGGUGUUUGUGGUCAAAACUAAGAGCUAAUCAGCUCUUUGAUCAGGCGACAGCCAGGCGUUUCCCAUCAUGCCCUGGGUCUUGCAAUUGGUGGAGAGCAGCUACAUCUCCUGGCCCUAAAAACUGCAGCUGCCUUGAUCUUGUGAGGUUAUCAUUGCCCCAGUGUGCAUGAUGUCAGAGGAAGUUGGGAUCAAAUCGGACACAAAUCUAACCGGUAUGCAUUGUGCAGUGAUUGCCGGUGAUCAAUUCUGCUCAUCUCGAAUUAGCCCUAUAUAUAUGUUGGUUCUAUUAAUUUACUCUAAAUCUAACUGAACACUUAUUCACAAAAGGUUUUUAUGCUUGACAGAAAAGAAGGCCUGCACCACUACUGUAUAGUGGCCGGUGACGAGACAGCAGGACAGGGAGCCGGCGAUGGGAAGAUUGGUAGAGGAGCUGGUAGGACCAGUGAUUUCCGGGAAUCCGUAGCCUGCCACUCCUGUAGAGGAGGAGGGUACUGCUGCUGCUGCAGUAUAGCGGACAGUUCAGCGGUGUGCUGCGGUCCCACUGGGGCAGGAGGCAGCUGUUAUCCAACGGUGACUAGAGAUGACUGUUGCUGCGAUUCAUCCGGGCACUGGGAGCUGCUGCGGUCCAGCAGGGAGUCCUGGAACGGGGAGCUGCUGCGGUCCAGCAGGGAGUCCGGGCACUGGGAGCUGCUGCAAUCCAGCAGGGUGUCCGGGCACUGGGAGUUGCUGCAAUCCAGCAGGGAGUCUGGGAACGGGGAGCUGCUGCUGAUUGCCACGGCGCCAGAACUGGAGGCCGCCGCGGUGCAAGAACUGGAGGCGGCAGUGGAGCUGGUGGGCCGCUGGGCGGCGGUGCAGGCGAGCAGCUGGGCGGCAGUGCAGAAUGACAUCAGAGUGGACAGUUGCAUGCCGGACAGGGUCACAGAAUCAGGGCAGCAUCUGGAGAAGAGGCUGUGAACAGUCCACUAACGCAGAGGCUGUGGCUGCCAGAAACACUUGCACAGAACCCACAGAUGAAAGCCAAGCCAGUAAUGACAAACAAAUUAGGCCGGGCUACACGGAGAUGGAACCUGCAGAUGUGUUUGCUGUCCGCUUCCAGACAUAAAAGCUGUUGUGGUGUCCAGAUUGAAUUACAUUACUCAUUUGCACGGCUGCGCCAAGGCUCCCUUUUCAUUGGGGCAGGCCAGGGCCGUUGGUCAAAAGAUCCACUUUAUGAGCUCUGUGCUAUACAUGGACAGCAGAUGCUAGGCAAGGUGAGUUUUUUACACUUCAGUGACUCCUUAAGCCCUCUAUCAGUGAGCAAACUUCUCAGAUUUCCACCAAUCUGCUCUAGCAUGCACUGCACCCCUCCAUAAUAAACCUUAAGGUGUAAAAACAGGUGCUUGAAUCAUCCCCACAAUUGUCCAGCCAAGUAGACAGUUAGCUUAAAAGAAUAACAUUGGCGUGUUUCACAAUAUAAUCCCAUAAAAAAAUACUAACUAACUAGAACCCAAGCCCAUUGGUUCAUUUUUAAAGCUGCAGUAUGCAAUAUUUUAUAUAAACAAUUUAUCAAAUGACAUAGUGCAGUGCAAAAGGUACUGACCUGAAAUGACAAACCCACAGAAAAUGAUCACCUAACUCUGCAAUUCCCCAUCUUUUAGCUGUUGUCUGGCCACACAACUCUUUUUUUUUUAGCAGAAAAGCUCUAAUAAACCCACUCUUCUACCUGCCCAACACCAAAACGCAGACAAAGUUAGUAACUAGCUAGUAAAUUUAGUAGAGCUUUUUGCAGCUAAAGAGAUAAAAAUUUCUCUCAGGUGUUUGACUCCCAGUGAAUGCAUAUGUUGUUCUGUGUCUAUUGGAUUUGUAAAUGAGCAACUGCUAAUAUGUUAGUCACAACAACUUCAUAUGGUGAUAUGUCAAUGUUGUGUUUAGCUGGUUCUGAUACCCCGUGUCCAACAUAAUCAGUUAAUGCUGAUUACACAUUUGGGGCUCUAGAGAGUAUUUCCGGCAGCAGGACAAUGUAUGUAGGAUUGACUCAAAAUAAAUAUUGAUAUGGUAAGCUCAUGUCUUUGACCCCUUUCUGCAGUGCCCCUUGAUGUGAAGAAGUGGAAUAUGUUUAGUCCAAUAAUUCCAUAGGUUAUGACUAUUGUUGCGACAGAAAACCUACUAAAAGAAGAACACAGUUGUUUGGAACUGCAUCUAAUUAUGUUCAUCACUGAAGGAAACUGCUGUCUUAUGCCUUGUAUUCAUAAUUGUUGCUUUUCCUUCCCACAUGUGUUUCAGUAUUUCAAUUUCUAAAAUUUAGGGUCAUAUGAUUUUUAACUAACAGUAUCUUUACAUACAUUUUCAAUGUAGGAUAUAAUUAUUCAAUAAACAUGACUUUCAAGGGCUAAAAUCUGCCCAGUCUUUGGCUGAUUAGUUACUCAGUUAUAACAGUGGCAUCGGCAACAAAUAAAAAGUUAUAACAGACAAACUAAGACCACUCUGAAAAGUACAUUUAUUGUUAUUGUUUAUUGUCCUUCUUCAUGGAAAAGUAGGUUAUCUGCUUCGACUUCAUCAGCGAUCAAGAACGCUUGCACGAUUUCUUCAGCCAUCGCUAUCUGAACGUGGUCUGCAAACUACAGGCAGCCAACAGAUGGAUCUAACAUGUAAAUAUUUCUGUGACUUCCUGCAUAUUCUUUGAAGGCUGCUGGAAACUGUCCGACUUGACUGCAGCUUUUUGUCACCGCCCCCUGCUGCUGCCGCCUGAUCUCAUCCACUCUCCAGACGAAUGAGCCUAAACAGAGUACCUGUAGCGAGUGGUUAUGUACCAUGAGCUUUGUUAUUGGUAGUUUUGAGUGUUUCUUUCUCAAAUUUUCAAUCUUUUUGUUCACCAAAAACCAGAGCAAAGUAAAGUUUGUCUUGGUUGGAGGCAUUCAAGGUAUAUUGGAGUGAAUCUGAAGGAGAGAAUGACUGAGGCUUUGAUAUCGGAAGUAUUGACUGUUUUGACGAGGACUUGUGGAGCGCAAAGGAGUCCUCCUAGACAUUGCUACAGGUGGAGGCUGCUAAAGAGACCUGAAGACAACAACUGGCAGGAAGCAGUGUGUUCUUUGCCCUGAAGAAGAAAAACUGAACAACCCCCUGUCCGAGAUCAUCUGCCUGGCAUGACCUGCAGAGGGCCAGAGGACAAGUGAACUGAAAUUCAGCCAUGCCAGGCAGAUGAUGUAAAUAAUUGCAAGUAGUUGUAAAGUCACCCAAACAAACAAAGUCAUAUACUACACACUGGAGAUACUGCUUCAUAUUGUUGUUUGGAUACAUUUUGGAUAGGUUUUUGGACAGGUUUUGCACACAAAAGGACACCUUGGUGCACUACUUACUAAUCUUACUAAAAUUAUGCUGAAAAAGUAGUGCAUGCAUUUGU